AUGGCGGCUCUACCGACGGGCAUGGCAGCCGUCGUCGAGCACACCUUCGUUGUGAGCCAGGUGAAUGUGACGCGCUUGUGCAAGGAGACGCUGGUGACCCUGGUGAACGGGCAGCUCCCGGGGCCGGCGAUCGAGGUCACCGAGGGAGACUCCGUGGUCGUCCAUGUCGUGAACAGGUCGCCCUACAACAUGACCAUCCACUGGCAUGGAGUGAAGCAGCGGCUCAAUUGCUGGGCGGACGGGGUGCCCAUGAUCACCCAGUGCCCCAUCAUGCCAAGCCGCAACUUCACCUACCGGUUCAACGUCGCCGGACAGGAAGGCACCUUGUGGUGGCACGCUCACGUCCCCUGCCUGCGCUCAACCCUGCACGGGGCUCUCAUCAUCCGGCCCAGACAUGGCGCCGCCUCGUAUCCCUUCCCUAAGCCUGACAAGGAGAUCCCCAUUGUUAUAGGGGAAUGGUGGGAUAUGGACCUUGCACAGUUGGACAGGAACACGGUGAACGGUGUCCUUGUCGACGUCCCAACUGGAAGCACGAUCAACGGCAAGCUUGGAGACCUCUACAACUGCUCUGCGGCCUCUGCCUCUGAAGGUGCCGUGGAACAGGAAGAUGGCUUCGUACUGGAAGUGGAGUCCGGCAAGACGUACCUGCUCCGGCUGAUGAACGCCGCCCUCUUCUCCGAGUACUACCUCAAGAUCGCCGGCCAUACCAUGACGGUGGUCGCCUCCGACGCCAACUACGUCAAACCCUACGCCACGGCCGUCGUCGCCAUCGCGCCCGGCGAGACGAUGGACGUGCUGGUGGCCGCCGACGCGCCGCCGGGCCGGUACUACAUCGCCGCCCUGGCCAUACAGGCACCCGAGCCCGACGUCCAGGUGCCACUCACCAUCACGCGCGGGAUAGUGCAGUACACCACCAACGUCGACGACGUUCCAGCUCCGGUGAUGAUGCCGGACAUGCCUAACCAGCACGACACCACCGGCAGCUUCUACUUCCACGGCAACCUCUCCAGCCUUCGCCGUCACCGGGUGCCGGCGCGCGCCGACGAGCACAUGCUGGUCACGCUCAGCCUGGGCUCGGUCUGCCGCGACGGCGGGCAGUCGUGCGCGAGGAGCGACAGCGACGAGUCCAUCAUCGUGGGCACAAUGAACGACGUCUCGUUCAGGGCGCCCACGGCCGCGGUGGUGUCGCUGCUGGAGGCGCACUACUACCGCCGUGACGACAUGGCGGCCGCCGCCGGCGUGGAGCUCCGCGCGCUCCCGGACACGCCGCGGAGGGUGUUCAACUUCACCGACCCGGCCUACAUCCCGUACGGGCCGAAAGAGGCGCCGCUGGAGCCGACGGAGAAACAGACAAUGGUGCGGCGGUUCCGGCACGGCGCGGUGGUGGAGGUCGUGUUCCAGGACACGGCGGUGAUGCAGAGCGACUCCAACCCGAUGCACCUGCACGGCCACGACAUGUUCGUGCUCGCGCACGGCUUGGGCAACUACGACGCGGCGAGGGACGUGGCCAGCUACAACCUGGUGGAUCCGCCGCUCAAGAACACCGUCGUCGUCCCGAGGCUCGGCUGGGUCGCCGUUCGAUUUGUCGCCGAUAAUCCAGGAACAUGGUACAUCCAUUGCCACUUUGAUUUCCAUCUGUCCAUGGGCAUGGUAGCCGUUUUCAUUGUAGAGGAUGGAUCAACAGUGGACACCUCUCUUCCUCCACCUCCUGACGAUUUACCAAAAUGUGGCUCUAAUAAAGGAGGCCUUGAUUUGCCGCCAGUGGAAUUCUUCUACCUCCAAAAUGAACAGAGUCGCGAGACAGUGCCGGGCAAGUGA